UAUUUUUUCGAUGCAAUAGUUGGUCGAACGAAAUUAUUCUGAUCGGACUCGGGCACUAAAAGGAGCCGAGUACUUACAUGCGUCGGGCCGGGUCGGCUGGGGUAAUUAAAUGAUCAAUUGCUAUGUCGGGGAGGUCAUUCAUGAACCUCAAUCUCUUCGCCUUUACCUUCCCUGAGCCCAAAACCUUCUCAACCUGUUCUUCCUCCAUGAACGCCAGCGCCGGAGCAGCAGCAGCGACAGCUGAGCGCCUCCUCGGCGGAGCUGUGACGUCUCAAAGACCAUCCUGCUCGAGUCUUUUGGGCCUCGGUGCCAGAUCCGCGAAUAGGUUUAGGCUCCCAGGCAGUAUUCUUAAGAUGAGCGGUGUUAGAAUCUCUUGCUCUAGCAGCGUCAGUGGACGGAAGGGUCUUACAUAUAAGGAAGCCGGUGUGGACAUUGACGCCGGUGCUGAGCUAGUUCGAAGGAUCGCCAAGAUGACACCUGGAAUUGGCGGAUUCGGUGGCCUUUAUCCUUUGGGGGACUCCUACCUUGUUGCUUCUACUGAUGGUGUUGGAACAAAACUCAAGCUUGCAUUCGAGACUGGAAUCCAUGACACUAUUGGGAUUGAUUUGGUGGCCAUGUCUGUAAAUGACAUAGUUACUUCUGGAGCUAAACCAUUAUUCUUCCUUGAUUAUUUUGGAACCAGUCAUCUUGAUGUUGAUCUUGCUGAAAAGGUCAUCAAGGGGAUUGUUGAUGGAUGCAAGCAGUCAGAUUGUGCUCUUCUUGGUGGUGAGACAGCCGAAAUGCCUGAUUUCUACGCAAAAGGAGAGUACGAUUUAAGUGGUUUUGCUGUUGGUAUUGUGAAGAAGGAUUCGUUAAUUGAUGGGAAGAACAUUAAGUCUGGUGAUAUUCUACUCGGCUUUCCAUCCAGUGGUGUCCACUCCAAUGGUUUCUCGCUUGUCAGAAGGGUAAUAUCAGAGAGCGGUCUAUCUUUGAGUGACCAACUCCCUGGACAUAAUGGACCAUUUACAUUGGGGGAAGCCCUGAUGUCUCCAACUGUUAUUUAUGUUAAGCAGGUUCUAAACAUUAUAAGUAUGGGCGGUGUCAGAGGAAUUGCGCACAUUACUGGUGGCGGUUUCAUUGACAACAUCCCAAGAGUGUUGCCCCCUGGCCUUGGGGUCGAUGUCUUCAGAAAUUCCUGGAAUGUGCCUGCUGUGUUCAAAUGGUUACAAGAGGCUGGAAGGAUAGAUGAUACUGAGAUGUGGAGAACGUUCAACAUGGGUAUAGGUUUAGUGGCGGUUGUCACCCCCGAGGCAUCAGAGAGGAUUCUUGCAGAGUAUGAUUCUGUUUACCGAAUUGGUGUUGUGGUCAAUGGAGAUGGCGUGAAGUAUGUGUGAAAUGCUUCCAUUUUUUUUUCCUUUUUUUGAAUAAGAAUAAGAUCUUUUUGUUUUCUUUUUUAAAAUAAGAUUUUAUUUAUUAGUGUUUUUAUUGUUGGGGUUUCAUUGUGCUUGGUUCGAUUCUAAAUGAUCAUGUGAAACCUUAUGGGAAAAGAUAAGAGGCCUUAUGAUUUUGGACCA